UUCGUCGGUUUACUCAUGCUGGGAGUGCUGAAGCGGCGCUGGAAGCCAUCGAAAAGGGCUUCCAGCGGCCGCGGACCCGAUUCGCCCCUCAGCUCGGAUUUAGCGCUUGACAAGCCUCGCUCUAUACCAUCCCCCAGGCAAAUCCAUCCCUUAUACGGGGAAAAAGCUGGCCUUUUGGGUUACUGCGACACGGUCGGUAACACGGAGAAUUACCCACCAGCCCCUAACAUCGUUGUCGAGGGUGGCAGAAUUGAAUUCGUGCGCCCCUCGCAAGAUGGCACGACAACAACCCGAAGGAACACCAUGUCCAGAGCUUCGCAGACCUUCAACGAACAUGAGGAGAAGUCCGAUCCCGCCAAGGAAAGCCUGGAGGAACGAGUGCAAGAGUUGGAGCAAGCGUUACUGGCGGAACGUAUCGCGGCUCAACGAGAUCGAGCAACGAUCACAAAAUUGCAGCGGCAAAUCAACAAGAGGGAGGCCACGCAACGAGAUGUGGAACGAGAACGCCGGCAACGAAUGGAGGCCGAAGCUCGAGUGCGCGAGGCUACGGCUGAGGCUGAAAGAGCACGCUCGAGAGUCCAUCAUCUUCAGAAAGAGCUGGCCAGAAUGGAAGAAUCGUCGCGGAAUCUGUUGCAACAUAAGCACCGGGCCGAACAGCUGAAGCAGGAGAAAACGGCGCUUACACUGUCCUACGAAGCGCGCGUACACCAGUAUCAGGCGCAGAUAUCAAAACUGCAACUGGAGAAUGAGUCGAUGCGUGGUCAACUACGCGGCCUGGAGGCAGCAUGCGCCGGUGAAGUGCACGCCGCGCUGGUGGCACGUUUGGCAACCCUUGAAACGGAGCACGCAGCCUUAGCAAGAGACGCUGAUGCCCAGCGUCGACAGUAUGAGCGGUGCUUGGAUGACGUCGCCAACCAGGUGGUCCGCGCUCUCCUAUCCCAAAAGGGUCUUAGGGAGGAAAUAGGUGCAUUGCAGAGACGUAUACGAGAGCUUGAGGCUCAAAAUCGAGCAUUGUCAGGACUCUUGGCGCAGGCUGCCAGUCCUGAAAGCCCUACUGAACUUAUCCAAGGAAUUCUCGAGGCUGGUCCAGCCGCCCUGGUUGCCGCUUUGGGUCUGGACCCUUCCUGGAUACCUCUCUCAAGACCGCGUUCCCUCAAUUUGCAAAUACCCGUGAUGGCAACCACUAAGUGCCGACGUAGUAGACCUCUUGCGCAAAAACCGUCGGAGGAAGAAGGCAGCGAAAGCCCAGAAAGCGGUAAUCGCGACGAGGGCUACUCGACCAUGUCGAGUGACGUUCAAGGUGAAGGUACGCGUCAGGAACCAUCUGUGCGCGGCCUCGAAGAUCUGAAGGAGGCCACCGACGAGACCGAAGCUGAUGUGUCGCCGGAUGCUCGUCUUGUCGCCCUCGACGCCAGCGAUCCAGACGUCCUCUUUCUACCUCUGAAUCUCACCGUGGGCAUCAAUCCGCGCCACAGCUAUCCGCCGACUAAAGAUCUGUUACCCUAUCAACAUGUAAUGCGUAGCUUCUCCGACAGUCAUCUCUGUCUCAAGCUCACUACUACCGCCAAUUUUACACCAUAUAAAUUGCCUAGCCCCAUAGGCUCAUCUUCUCUCUUGCUGGUGGAGGAGGAAGGCUGGGACGCCGAAUAUGUGCAGCAAUGGCUUAGGCUCGAUGACAGUAGAAGCACGCAACAACAUCGAGAUCUGCUCGAAUUGGAAUACGACAGAGCGGAGUUGGAGGAUUGGAGUUUCUCCCUGUCCACGGAAGACCUCGUACAAAAUGAAUCCGCAAUGUGGAAGGAGCAACCAGCUACAAAUACACCUGCCCUACCAGCAAUCAAGGAACAUAAUCUUCUGGAAUUGGAGGAGGACGCGAACGAAUGUCUGUGGAACGGUGCGAGCUAUCUUGCCGAUAGGACCGGAGGAGAGCUGGUUGCGCUUUUAAUGGACGCGAGGACAAACGGACCUUGGCCGUAUGCCUCAAGUCCCGGUGCGUCCUGGAGUAGCGAGGAGGGUGCCCUGGAGAACUCGAGUAAGCGUUCAUCGGCGGCACUCUCUGGCUGCAGCGACGAUCCUGACACUCCGUCAAUCGGCACUGACUUCACCAGAGACUUUUACCGGCUAGUAAAGUUCGAGAGUACCAAGAGCUUGGCGAGCACGUCCUCCAGAAGUGGUAGACCACCACCGGAUAGGGAACAAGCGCUUCAGAGUGUUCUGUCUUUCAUCGCCGAACAACAGAUGUACCUCGCAGAGUUACCAAAUAAUCCCGUGGAACCGCAGAACGUGUCUCACUCGACCGAAGAAUUGGUCCCUAACAAAAAUGAUUCUACGGGAGAGACAAAGAUAGCGAAGCUAGAAAGUUCGUCCGUUCAAGAGCGUAGUAUCGGAAACGCGAAUGAAAUGAGUAGCAACGAUGAGCUACUCGAUCAGAUACAGGUACCACCGUUGGCACUCGAGGAGAGGAUUGUAAGUGCUGUGUCGUGUAAUGGCGGUAUUGCAUAUACAACGGUAGCUCCAUCGGAAUUGGGAGCUGUUCCCGAAGAGGACGAAGAGGCAACUUCCUCUACGCCUAGUACAGUUGUUAGUCCGGCACGAGCAACGCUUCUCGUGGAGGGCAGAGAUCGAACAUUGAGCUUCCAUGAACGCGCCACAUCCAAGGACGUUAUAGAUGAAUUGAAUCGCAUGAUUCGGAAGGGUGAAGAUACUACCGCUGUUAACAUCGUUAACAACGAAUCGCAGGUACCGCUUGAGAAAUUGGAUCUUGCUUGCUGCUGUCCGACAGGAUGGGUUCACGUUGAACGUGAUAUUGACUUCACCGACCCCAAGGCCAGAGCAAAUCUCUUAGACGUGAUGUUAGCAAGCAGUGAAAGUUCUUCGGCGACAUCGAGUAGCGGUUCGGCGGGUAGCGAUUCGGGAGAUGAACCACCUGAUUAUCGCCACUUGCAUAGAUUACAUCGAUAUCGGCGGCAAAAAAAAGCGUCGGCGGCCCAGGCGCAACGCGUCCUCCGGCUGCCGUCCACCUGGGGCUCGUCCCGACCGUCAAUCAUCGGCCGUGGCGAUGACUUCUUCGUACGCUACGGGGAUAAGGAGCGCGAGGCGGUGGCCUCGUUCGAUUUCCUCGAUGAAUUCGUCGCGGCGGUGACAACGUCGUCAGCGAUAGGACCCUCCUCAUCGCUCGGCUCGGACAGCAGUCCUCUCGACUUGGACAAUAAUGCACCAUCUGCUGAUCUCAACAGCGACAUCAUGAAGCUCUCGCCAUUCUAGGAUCAACAGCAAUGACAGAUUAAUUUUAUAAAACGCGUAAAAUUUUUUGUCUGAACACGAGCUCUUCUCAACUGAUGAAACGCAGCCUUCAUUCUAAGUAUAAAUCGGGAAUAACUUUUCUUUAAUUCUAACUUUGUUUUAAUCCCUUUCUAACGAAUUGUUUUUAAUAUGUUAUAUUUUUUAAUGUAGAAAUUGAAUAUCAGGUUGCACCUCGUCCUGAUAAAGCGAACAGCAAUGUUUAUGAAACGUUGAUAUUCUAAUAAGACACAUCUGAACACGGAGACACGUAAAAGCUUCUAUAAUGUAGAAGUUUUUAAUAGAAUUUUUUUAAUAGAAUUUUUUCAUAGUUUUCAUAGUAAACGAUAAAAACGGAUUAUUUCUCAAUUAUAAAUCGUUAAAAUAUUUUAUUUUAUUUACUGAAUUUAGCAAAAAUCGUUGGCAAUUGAAGAGUUAAAGAGCUCCUUAAUAUAUUAGUCUUAAUCUGUAAUUAUUUAUUUUUCAAAAAAUAUGUUACAGUAAUCAGGUUUUAUUUUUUUUUAUAUGCCGACUCUGUAACGUACAUGUAUAACAUAAUUCUUCUAACAUGUGUUUUGUGUAUGUAAAUUUUAUAGCAUGCAUCUUCUGGGAAGAGUCUCGUAAAUUCACUAAACAUGAUAUCAUUAUUAAAUAUUCUUUCCAAUUAUGCCAAUUAUAGUGAAUCAAAAUGACGAACUUGAAUGUCUUAUACUAUUCCUAUUUACAUAGUAAAAAACAAAUAAUUAUUGCAACCAACAUUAUGCUAAUAGACACAUUUUGUCAAAGAUCGAUUAUUUUGUUAAACAUGUAAGACAUGGUGGAAUCAGAAUUCUGAAUCCACCAUGAUGUAAGAGAUGUCACAUUAGGCCAAUCGCUCUCCAUCUCCUUAUAAUGAACGAUAAGAGAACAAUUUGUACAUUACUCUGCAAUCCUCAACACCGCGUUUCAAGUUUCAGAAUCUUACAGUCCUGACGUUUUAAUUGUAAGUAAUUGUGAAACUCGAAAUAUUGCGCAUUGAAGAUGGAUUUAUAGUCUGACAGAAGCUUGUUUUGUCUCUUUUUCUCUGCGAGCUUCCUCUUAUUUCAGAUAUAAAUACUGUGGUACAGUCGGAGAUAAAUGAAAAUGGAAGCUGAUUGACUAGGGCGGAUUAGCUCGAAUUAGAUACAAGCUGUGCUCAUAUUUGAUCCCAGCUCUUGUUCUCGACUAGAGCCAAUCUGUGUCAAGUUAAAUAGAAUAGCCCAAUAUCUUUUUCAGCAUAAAACUACAUAAACUUUGUGUUACAUUCGCAUUGUAUCUCAAUGCGCUAAACGAAAAGGAUCUACUAAUGUGCGAAUAAAUAUUAAUCAAAGAAUUAGUGAUAAGGAUAUGUAAGCUGUAGUAACACUACAUGUGACACUAAAGUAGUGUGUAUGAUGGGCACGAAUCGUCACGAUUGGAAGGCUCUCGUACCGGAAUAAAUGCACUCUGAAGACAUAAACGUAGAUACAAUUCAUCAUCUUUUUAAGAAUAUUUCGGAUAUUGCGAUUAUAAAAAGCGAGAUUUCUGAUAGUUUGAAAAUUCGAUUAUAAUAUUCUUUUGCAAAUAUUCAUAUUCAUUGCAAGU